AUGGUGCACCCCGAUAUUUUCUUAAAACAAGUUGUUUCUCUGGAUGUCCAAGGUGUUAUUGUGAAGGUGGUAGAUGUUGGCAACCAAUUUAAAAACAAGCAAAAGUUUGAAUCUCAUGAUCAAAUGCUUCAAUGGAUUCGUAUAAAGGCAUCUAAACUUGGAUUUGGUGUGGUUAUCAGAAGGUUCAAUAAUGUUUCGAAUAAAAUAUGCGUUUUUGUGAAAAUGACGUACGAAAGAAGCGAGAAAUAUAGAACUCCUCUCCGAAAUUUUAAAAGAGACGACACUGGAUCUAGAAAAUGUGAGUAUCGGUUCAAGGCGCUUAGGGGGGAUAAAACUGAGAUGCAACAACUCUUGAAAUUGUUGGAUGAUAAUAGUUAUGUGUCUAGGUACCGAACGUGCGAGGAUGAAGUUACUGUUAGAGGAACAUUUUGGACUCAUCCUUAUUCUAUAAAGUUGUUCAAUAUGUUUCCUAUGGUGCUCAUACUUGAUUCAAUCCACAUGAUAAACAAGUAUAGACUUUCAUUAUUGGAGAUGGUUGGUGCUACCUCAAUUAAGAAGACAUAUUCGGUUGGUUUUGCAUUUCUUGAGUGUGAAAAAGAGGACAAUUUUACUUGGGCCUUAGAGGUGUGUCGAACACUGUUGAAGGACCAAGGUGAGAUACCUACAGAGAUUGCUAUCGACCGUGAUACUGCAUUGAUGAAUUUGGUUGCAAAGGUGAAAGAGAAAAUUGUUUGUGCAAGGACUGAUAAUGUUAGACACAUUUUAGUCAGUAACAUUUUUCGGACGGGUUUAAACUAUAUUUUUCACGAUGCUAAACGAGCUGAUAAUGUAGGUUAUGAUAAAGCAAAGUGUGGAUGCACAAUUGUGAAAACAUAUGGUCUCUCAUGUGCUUGUUUUGUUUCUAAAAAAGUGAAACUUGGUGACCCAAUAAAAAUUGACGAGUUUUAUACUCAUUGGAAGAGACUUGGGUUUGAUGAUGAUGGUGUCAUGAAUGAUGGUAAAUCGAAUAUCUCUAUUUUAACCGAAUGGGAAGUGAUACAAGAGAGAUUUUUGAAAGCCGAUGACAAUAUGAAACUCCACAUCAAAGAACAAUUGAGGAAGAUUUCCUAUCCGGAAACCACCAACACGAAACCGUCCUCUCAACCGAUAAAAACAAAAGGCGUUGCGAAGAAAAUGAAGCCUACACCGAAUGCCAAUUAG